AUCAAGGAAGUAAAUUACUAAUCUCGUGAAGUCUCGUUUAAAUCUUGCAUUCCAAUGUCUGUCGUAUGAACUUUGUCCAUUACACAGAUGGCAAUUUCCAAAUCCCAAAUACCAUUCACAGCCCAGCACUAUUUGGUGUGUGGUACUGAAGAGUGUGAGAGGAACUGCCAGUUUUACUGCAAUGAUUGUCACCAACCAAUGUGUGAACAAUGCAGAGAUGUACAUCAGAAGAGUCCAGAAACUAAAAUCCAUGAAGUGGCCUCUUACCAACAACGCAAAAGACAACUUCCUGAAGUUAAAUGCCAUAUCCAUGUAAACAGAUAUGUAGACAUGCUUUGUGAGCAAUGCCAAGUUCCAGUAUGUUCAAAAUGUGCAACCAAAGACCAUGGUGGACACACAUUUAUAGAUUUAGAAACAGUGUAUGCAGAAAAAUGUGCCAUCUGUCUGAAUGAAAUCAAUAAAAUUGAAGAGUAUUUCCUCCCAACUUCACAGGAUUUGCUUAAAUCCACAAAAAAUGAUUCUACAGAAAUAAAGAAGAUAAUGGAGAGCUUACGCACAUCCAUAAGGACCGCAGCAGAGUCUCUUAAAAGUAUGGUGGAUGCCGUGACAUCAGAUAAUAUAAAACAAGUCAAUGAACAAGAAAAGUCUCUCCUUCAGCUAUUAAAUGCCCAAGAGAAAAAGUAUAAUCAUUACAUUUCUUAUAUUAACAAACAUGUCAAAAAGUUCCAUGGCUAUCUUUUUUCUAAAAAUCUUCAAAUCCUGAUGAGCGAAAUCACAAAGAAUCUUAAAAUAGACUCUAUACCAGUCACCACCAAACCAGUCCCUCCAGUAUUUACUGCUGGUCAAUACAGCAAGGAGGAUGUCACCAAACUACUAGGUAGAGUAACUGUUCCUGACACUAAACCAGAGGUCAGAGAAAUAAAACCCAUGGAGACUGUCUCGACACAGUUGAAAUCUACAGAGAAACAUAAUAAACAAGACAGAGAGAAAUCUGCCAUGAAACAAACACUGUCUCUGUCUUCCUCUGUCACCAAGGUCAGGCAGUACACAGUACCAGGUGUUGACAGUGUAUAUCUUAUAUCACUAUGUAAAUCAGGCAGACUCUGGGCCAGUGAUGGUCGUGGUAACCUUGUCCAUACAGAUCUACAGGGGAAUCAGCUACAAAAGAUACAAACCAGUGGUGGAUAUGAAGGCUACCACACAGUCACACAGGAUGGGGUCCUGAUUUUUACAGACAAACACAAAAAAGUCAUCAAAAUGAUAACACAGGAUAAUACAAUGACUGAAUUCAUUAAAACAGGAGACUGGGAACCAAUAAGUAUACACUCCUCCCACAUCAACGGGGACAUUCUGGUGGGGAUGAUAAAGGAUGGAAAGGCUAAAGUCACCAGGUACAACAAGACAGGAGAAGAAAUACAGAACAUACAGAGGGACAACAUUCGACAAGAACUGUAUAGUUAUCCACACUAUAUCACAGAAAACAUCAAUGGUGAUAUCUGUACAUCAGACAAUUACAAACAAGCUGUAGUGGUGGUGAAUAAAUCAGGAAAAUAUAGGUUCUCCUACACAUGUCAGGGGUCAUCGUUCUUUCUUCCCAAUGCUAUCUGUACUGAUCUCCUCGGUCACAUCAUUGUCUGUGAGGGUUACAGGAACACAGUUAACGUCUUGGAUCAGGAUGGCCAGUUCUUAUCUCUACUACUCACACCACAACAAGGAAUGAAAGGUCCUCAUAGCCUGUGUGUGGAUGAUGAGAACAAUCUCCAUGUGGGACAGUAUAUCACCAAAACAGUGAAAGUGUACAAGUAUCUACAGUGAUCAUUAUCUGGUUCUGACAAUGUGCAAGAAAGGAAUAAUAUAUUGUUAAUUAACUGGAUUUUGUGUGAUAA